UAAUUUCAACCAUCUCACAAAACCUCCCACACCAAGAAACAAAAUCCUCACACUAAUUAAAUAAAAAUUAAUUACAAACCCAAUUCUUGACCUAUUAUUAUUAUAACUCGACAAACAAACUCUUUUUCACUCACCUAAUUUCAAUUUUCUUGCAUGCCUCAACAAAUCCUUCAAUUCCUAUAAUAAUUAUAUUUACUCUCUCCCUCUCUCAAAAAAACAAAAACAAAUAAUUGAUGGAAUUCUUCACAAAGACUCCCGCCGUGAGGCUGAAGAGCCACCUCAACAAAUACCUAGCCGCCGACGACGACCAAUCGUCGACGCGGCAGAGCCGCCGCGGCGACGCGCGGCGGGCGCGGUGGCUGGUGGAGCUCGUGGACACGAACCCGCACGUCGUCCGCCUGAAGAGCUGCCACGGCGGCUACCUCACGGCCGCCGCCGAUCCGUUCCUCCUCGGCGCCACCGGCCGCAAGGUUCUGCAAACCCUACCGGAAAAUCCGGCGAAGGAAUUGGCGAUCGAGUGGCAGCCGAUCAGGGAUGGCUUUCAGGUGAAGCUCAGGGCGGCGCUCGGCGGCACGUACCUGCGGGCGAACGGCGGCACGCCGCCGUGGCGGAACUCGGUGACGCACGACGGCGCGCACGGCGGCGGAUGGGUGGUGUGGGACGUGGAGGCGGUGGAGGUGGCGGAGGAGGCGGAGUACUGGUCGAUGGUGUCGAGCUUCUCGUCGGUGACGGAGGAGAUCUCGGGUCUGGACAUCGGGUACGGGUUCGAAUCGCCGGUUUCGGUGCGGAGUUUCGCCGCCUCGCCGUCGCCGUCGCCGCGGUGGUGGUCAAUGAAGAAGAAUCAUCACCAUCUCCUCUCGAUCGGCCCACGGAUGUCGGCAAUGGACUUGUUUCAGAACGCGAAGGCGGUGCGGCUGAAAGGAUCGCACGGCAAGUACCUCGUGGCGGAGGACGACGAGGUAUCCGUCACGCAGGAGCGCAGCGGCGCCUCCAAAUCGGCGAAAUGGGCGGUCGAGUUCGUCGAGAGCUCCGACACCAUAAUCCGGCUGAGGAGCUGCUACGGCAAGUACCUGACGGCGUCGAACCAGCCGUUUCUGCUCGGGAUGACGGGGCGCAAGGUGCUGCAGACGCUUCCGCCGCGCCUCGACAGCUCCGUCGAGUGGGAGCCGAUCCGGGAGAACGGCGCCGUGAAGCUGAAGACGAGGUACGGACAUUUCCUGCGCGCCAACGGCGGGCUGCCGCCGUGGAGGAACUCGGUCACGCAUGAUAUUCCGCAUCGGACGGCCACGCAGGACUGGAUUUUUUGGGAGGUUCACGUUGUGGAGUUCCUGCCGCCGCCGCCUCCGCCGCAGAUCUCGGUGGCGAAGGAGGAUUGUUUCGCCUCUGACGCGACCUCGCCGACUACUAGCCAGUCGUCGAAAUCCGCUAGCUUCUCCAGACAAGAGUGGGAUGGUUCGCCUCCAAAGGCAAGCGACGGCAGGCUGAUCUAUUUCCACGUAGCCGAUGAGUAUGGCGAAGUCGAGAAUGAGUUCGAGGAGCUCUGCAUUGCAUUCAAGGGCUUCCAAGUGAGUGAACUGGCGAGCAGGCUGGAGGACGAGCUGGGAAUCCCCGGCCUCACCGUCUGCACCAAAAGCCCGUUGAACGGGAAGCUCUACCCUCUCCGCCUCCACCUCCCUCCCAACAACGCCACUAUGCACGUUAUCGUGCUCCCCCCUUCAUCAAAAGUUAGCGAAGAUUCGGAGAAGACGGCGACAGUAUUGUAGAAGGAAUUCAGAAACCCUAAACAGUUUUGCUUCGACGGUCGAAUGUAUUUGUUCAACCUGUGUUUGAUAGUUCAACCUCGGAAGAUGACAACAAAAUGCAUCAAGAUUUUUGGUUCGUAUAAAAGUAACACAAGGUAAUAAAACUGUAAGUGUACUUGCUAGUUUCUUAUGUAUUUAUGGUUAUAAAAUACAUGUGCCAAUAAUCCCACGGUUGGAAUAGGACAUGAAAUAGAGGAUUGAGUC